CCGCACCCCGGGAAAAAACUUGUUUUAUACCUGUCGUAAUUAUGGUAGAUGUCUCUGUGACUACGUCGAGGAGGUAGAGAGACGACCUACACCUCGCGGACAGUGGCUCGAGACCCUGCCAAUGCCGUAAUAUUGCUUUUGGACCAACUGUGGCUUCUGGGUUGAUGGUGGUACAGCUUGGUUCAAGAUUCCGUACACUUCUUCCAGCCAAUUUGGUGACAAGUCACGCAAGCUGGAGCCUGAGACUGUGGUGCUGUGGAAGGCGGCGUUGGCUUCUGGAAGAUAGAGAGAGAGAGAGAGAGAAUGUAAAGUCUUCUCCAGCUCCAAGCAGCGCCGCCACGGAAAAAUGUUGAAGUUGCGGUGUGCGUUUAUUCGCUAGUCAUUCGCUGCUUAGCUCCCGUGGAGAGUGGAGGCGUUCUUAGUGCAGAACGAUUCAGCUCCUCGGGGGCAGGAAUUUGAGGGCGCCAUUGUGGUCUGCAUGCUCAUCUUCGUAUGUUCUGUGAUUUCAGAAAGGAAAGUGUUUAUAUCAGCUAAGAACUGUGAAAAAGUGAUAAGACAAUUGAUAUUAUUGUUAUCAAAGUGACAAAAGUCCAUAUAUAGAGAGAGAGAGAUUACAGUAAUCAUCAUCGUAUUCAGGGAGUUAUCUUGUUCGAAGGAAGUUAAUUUGCUGUCUUGGCACUUGCAUGUGAACUUGUGAGAAGAUUUGUGUGUCUGUUGGAAGUUUUCACAACAGUGGAGUUUCUGUUUCGACGAUGCGUGACGUGUUUGGUGUCGGAAGUAGCAGGAAGUUAGACAGGCCUUUUAAUAAUAUACACAGCGGAGGACCGGAAGUUGACAUGAAGAAGUCUUCGAUCCCGGGAUAUCUGGAGCUGACUGAUGAGAAGAUAAAUCGACUGAUUUGUCAGGAACCCAUCGAGAAUUUCUAUGAAGUUGAGGAUCAUCCUUUCGCAAGAGGAAAGUACGCGACGGUGAGGCGCUGCAGACACCGGUCCAGUGGUCAGCGGUUCGCAGCCAAGUUUCUGCGCAAACGACGACGCUCGGCGGACUUGCGGCCCGAGAUUCUGCACGAGGUGGCAGUCCUCGACGCCUGUGCCUCGUCCACCCGCAUUGUACGCCUGCACCAGGUCUUCGAAUCCGCUCACGAGAUGAUCCUUCUGCUCGAGCUCGCCUCUGGAGGCGAGCUGCAGAUGCUAUUGGAUAAAGACGAAGUGCCUGAGGAGAGACAAGUGAAGAGGUUGAUGCGUCAGAUACUGGACGGUCUCAUAUACCUCCACUCUAUCAACGUGGCACACCUGGACAUUAAGCCUCAGAAUCUGGUACUGAUGAAUGAGUUCCCUCACGGUGAAGUGAAAUUGUGUGAUCUUGGAAUCUCACGCUACAUCAGCCAAGGUGCAGACAUCAGGGACAUUCUGGGCACUCCUGAUUAUGUUGCUCCAGAAGUAUUGAACUAUGAACCCAUCAGCCUAGCAACAGAUAUGUGGUCUGUUGGAGUUCUGCUGUAUGUGCUUCUGACUGGUUGCUCCCCCUUUGGUGGUGAUACAAAACAAGAGACAUUUUGUAACAUCUCACAGUGCAAACUCGACUUCCCCGACGACUUAUUCGAGGAUGUUUCUGAGGAUGCCAAGGACCUUAUGCGAAAGUUAAUGGUCAAGGAGCCAAGUAAGCGAUUAAGUGCCAUAGAAUGCCUUCAACAUCAGUGGUUCACAAACAGCGAGCCAAUCACUCUGCAGCCUGUGCCAACACCUGUCAAGUGCUGUGAAGCCGUAAUUGCCAAAGUAGAGGAGGUUCAGAUCAAAUUGUCGUCUCCUACCGUAUUGAGAAAGCAAGAAAAUAUCGUAAGCCAAACUGUGUCAAGCCACGAAACAACAGUCACUUCGAAAACGUCGCCGACAAGUCUUAGCGUUCAUAGACCCAAGGAGAAUAGCAUUCUAUACGCAAAGACCACGGAGACAUCUUCUACGCUGACAUCUGUCGUGUCUCAAGACGAAUCAACUCCGGAAAGAGUAGGCCUCAGCUUCUCUAGGAGAAGUCGUUUCAUGAAGAACAUGGAAAAUUUAGCACAGAGUUACAUUGAACUGGCAAAUACCAAAAAUAACAACGUUGUCGAAAUUAAACCUACAGUAGAGAAACCAGACAAUUUAUCGACCUCGACGUACGAAAUAAAUAAGAGCCCAAGAAUAAAUGAACCCCUAAAUGUUAAAAGUAAGGUUGAAAAUAAUAAUUGUACGUACGUUAGUGUACGGUCAGCAACCAAAGCCACUGCCACGCAUACGAUGCCUUUAAGUGGUGGCGGUAGGUUUAAUAAACUCAGCCAUUUAUCACGUGGUACAGAAACAACUGAAAUACAGAGGAAACAGAAUCUGAAUGUGUCGACGAAGACGGAAAAAGAGACCCCAAGAAGGGUAAUGGAUAAUAAAGAUUGUGUGUACACGUUUAGAAGAUGUUUCAUUAUCGACGAUUCGGAAGACGAAACAUCCCUUGGUAACGGUGCAGCUCCGAUGUUGAUAAACGGCCCAGUAACUACUGUGACGUCAGAGAAUGGUCAUUCGUACUCUGACCAUUCGAGUAGCGAUUCAGGAAGUGACACUGUUAGUGAAAUGUCGAUAGAUUCAUCAAGUGAUCGAUCUAGUAUCAUCUCACUGGACGACUCCUUACUGGAAUAUAACUAUUCCAAAAUAAAUGGACGACCUUAUCCCGGAGGAAAUUAUGUUUCGUGCUCAUCAACAAACCACAAUCUCUGGGAUACAACGGGAAUGCUAAAUGGUACGAGGAAUGACAGAGCAUUGAGGUAUUCGUACAGUGAAACGUUUUCCAGGGAUUUUGCUCAAUUCAAUUCAAAUUCUGCAGGUAAACACAGGAAUGAAGAAUACACGAGAAAAGAACGUUUUCUCUACUGUACCGCAUAAACAGUUUGCCAAAGCCGCGCACACGUCCAUUUUGAAUAAGGUGGUGCUGACAUCUGUGAGCGGCGACAACACUUCGUCAACACGAAAGGUCGAUUUCUUGCGAGAACGCAAUGGAAACAUCGUCGUCAUUAGGGAGCUGAAGGCUGGGAAGUAUAGCAGAGUCAGUGAGGUUAAAUGCGAGUCCGUGCAGUCAAGAAUCAGAAAGCUCCAAAUGCAAGGAUCAAAAUCGUAAUUUAUGGUUAAUAAAGUAAUAUUUGUUGUAAAUAUUAUGCUAAGGCAGUCUAUUUGCGGAGGGACUUUUCUGAGAUAUCGGCAGGUAAAACAGGCAGACAAAUUGUGUGCUACUCACCUCUGUUUGCGCCUGUGAUAAUUCUUUCCUUUUAUAUAUUUAAAACAAUUUUUGUAUCAGAAUUUUGUACAUAAAGAAAAUGUUUUUUUUUUAAAAAAAAAUUUCAUCAUAUUUAAUAAAUUCGACAUCGUGCAGCAUACGUGUACAUAAUAAAAAUAUAUUCUGCAGAUAAAAUUUUUGUAAUUAUACGUCCGUGUAAUUUACCUGAAGCCUUGUCGUCUGAUAAGGAAAUUGCAAAAUAUCUUGUCAGUUAAACUGAAUUCAUGCCACUUAAGAUACUUACAACGACGUAUCUGUGCCCCUUUACUGAACCUAUAUCACUUAAUUAAAUUAUUAGUUUUAAUUUCUUUUUUUAUAAUUCUCGUUCUAUAAUAUAAACCGACUGCACAGUAAUUUGGGGUUGUCCGUGAUACUGCGGACUGCAAACAGACCCAAUUUGUAAUUAAUUACCUGCUGAUUUAACUUAAGCCAAAUGGAUUUUGGAUCACAGACGGUAACUGGUAUGUCCUGUAUAUUCCACGCUGUAAAUGCUAGUCAUAUUGAGAAAGUGUGUAAUUUGUCGAUGUGUAUUCCAGAGUGGACCAAUAUUUAAAAAAUAUGAUUCCAGUGCUCUUAUUACGAAAAGACUUUGUAUUUCCAUUUUGUGUGUCUUGUCUUUGUAGUAAUACGAAAAUGCAUUUCUAGUUCACCGAAAUUGCACGACACGAGUUCCUACGUGCGAUAAUUGUAAGUAAUUUGCUCAUUGUAUGAUGGUGCUUUAAAUUAUAGGAAACAAAAAAUGAGUCCAAAAUUUUUUUUCUGAAUAUUUUGUAUUUCUCCAGGUAUUUUGAAAUGUGAUUUCGUAAAACAUAUUUUGUAAUCACCAUAAUGUACGAUGUUUAAAAAAAUCUGUAUCACGUUUCGUAUAUAGAACUAUAUGAAGAAUUCAUACCACGUACUUUUAUAUAUAUGUCAGACAUUUUCCUGGCAAAUUAUUUAUACUGUAAGUUUUAUUAUGAACAUUCUGUGUGCCAAUGUGGAAUCUAUAAAAAUGUUGGAAUGGAAGACCACUGUACUCUCGCUGUAGUUUUAACUUAGUAUCGUGUUCCUUUGUGUAUUUAACCUGUGUCAUCCGUUCAUUUCCGUCUGAACGUAAUCCAGCUGGCCGUGCUUGUUAACUGUUGAGUUAAAAAGUCUGGUCAGCGAGCCCAAAAAUUUGGGAUUUUGAAUCCCUAAAUACCACGAAAUAAAGAUUAAUCCUUUGUGUGGCCAUUCAUCUUGAAAGUUGUGUUCCAGUGACUUGUACAUUCUUAUAAUUAACAAUGCAAUACUUAAUUAAAUUUUUUUCUUAAAGGUC